AUGAAAAACCAGCGCGACAAACUCCAACAAUACCGCAAACGCAUCACAAUCCUAACAGACCGCGAAACCGCCAUCGCAAAAGAAUGUCUCGCACUCAACGACCGCAAAAGAGCCCUCCUCGCUCUACGCCGCAAAAAGUACCAAGAAUCACUCCUUGACAAGACAGACGCCCAACUAGCGCAGCUGGAGCAAUUAACCGGACAAGUGGAGUUUGCGCUCGUGCAGAAGGAUGUCUUGUUUGGGUUGCAGCAGGGUACGCAGGUUUUGAAUACUAUUCAUAAGGAGAUGGGGGGUAUUGAGGGCGUUGAGAGGUUGAUGGGGGAGUCGGAGGAGGCGAGGGCUUAUCAGGAGGAGGUGAGCCAGAUGUUGCAGGGUAAUCUGUCUACCCAGGAUGAAGAAGACGUCGAGGAUGAAUUGGAGGCGCUUCGGCAGGAAAUUGCUGAGCCAGUGCAUCUACCUGCUCCUCCUACGAAAGAACCGCCGAAGCGGGAACCUGUGCUCGAGCAGCAGCAAGAGCCGGAGGUGCAGACUCGCACUGCGCUUCCUGCGUGA